AUGAUAGGCACUCGGUUGUUUACAGGCGUCUUUACGGCUGCGGUUCUUGUCCAUGACGGUGGCUCUGAGCGGCCACACUUCCUCACCCACCAGAAUCCGUAUGCGGGUGCCGGUGUUAUGUCCCUUGUCGAGAUCCAGGGGCUUAUCAAGGAGAAGGACCUUAAGCUUCGUCUCCUCGAGGGCGCCAUGAUGAAGGAGCUGGUAUUUUAUGACCAGUGGAUCGGCUAUGACGACAAGUAG